AUGGCCAUGUCGUCCUCUGGCAAUAAGGACACCACUCCACGGCCCUCGAUAUCACCACUGAGCACCAGAGCUUCUCCUGCCGCCGUGCGACGAACUCCAGUGACCGCUGACGACCAGGACGACGACGACCGCUCUAGUAGCCUCAGCGAGCCUGAGGACGACAUCGAAGACGAUGCCACUCCAAACAUAGCAGAGUUUGAUCCUAAACACGACGUGCCAUCUUCAGAAGAGCGGGCUGCGCAUCAGUCCGUCGAGGUGGACUCAGAAGCGGAAACGGAGCGAAUUGAUCAGACGCCAGCAAAAGCGCGCAAAGAAGCGGAUGCGACACAAAAGACACCCAGCAAAUUAAACCAGGCUGCAACGGCUGACGAUGACCUCUCCGAUCCACCUUCGCCCAUCCCAGCGGGCCCAGGAGCGGCUUCGAGCACCAGCACCAUUGAAACUGCUAGUACGUUUUGCCAACCUAGCUUGCAGGUUGUGCCGACUGCUGAUGGAAAGCAUCUAGGCAAAAAGCGCAAGCGAUCGGACACAGCAGAUAGUUCGUUGACAAGCGCCAAUUCAGAGCUCGGCGAGUCACCACGCAAACGAAGCCACAGUGCUGCUGCGGAUGACGCAACGGACGACAAAGCGAAUGGCGAAGAUGUCAACGGAGACGUGCCAGAGCCUGUGGAAGCGCCGAUUGAGACUGAAGAUCAUGAGGUCGAAGAUGAGGGCGCGACGAUCACCGUUCCGCCCAAAUCUGGAAGAGGUCGCAAAGCCGGUAGGCCGAAAGGCAAGAUGAAGAAAGAGCUCGCAAAGGAUGACGAAACAGAAAAGCAAGAGACAGACCCGCGGCCAGACGAAGAGCAGAAUGAAGAGGGCUCAGCAAAUUCCGCGGAGGACAUGCAACGUAAACAGGCCGCUUCUACGGUUUUUGAAGAUCUGGCGAAGCAGUUCGCGGCGUUCCGCGAGAGGGUCAACAAUGAGCGGCUCGCGGCCGUAGAUGCCGAGCUAGACAUGCUCAAUCAACCGGAUUGCCAGCACCAAGACUAUGUGCGCCAAGUCGCUUGCGUGGACGCGCGACGCCAGAAGCAGAUCAAAGAGGCCGAAGCAUUUUACAAGUUCAAGCUACAGAGUAUCCGACGAACAACAUUAGCCGAACGGAGUCAACUGCACAGCCAGUACUUUCAGCACGCUCGAGAGCUGCGAGAAGAUGUCAUGUACAAGCUGGGCGAGGACUGGUACAACAUCCAGAAAGAACGUCGGCAAAGCCACCAGGAGAAGGAUGACGCAUAUAUAUUCAAGUUCCCCACAAAGAAGAGCGACCAGAUCAAGCAGCAGGCCAAGUAUAACCAAGAGGUGUCCGUGCUCAGUGGAGUUGCGAAAUACGUUGGCUUUCCAGCUGCGCCGGACAUCGCUGGCGCGGAAGGCGACUCUCUGGAAGACGAUCUCAAGGCCAUGAAAAUCUCCAGACGAACGAAUCAGCUGCCCAUAGCGCAGUCACAAUCUUUUCUGGUAGGGAACAGAGGCCGAAUGGAAGGUCAGAGGGAACGACUUGCUCAUGAGCAAUAUCUCGAACAAAAUGCGUGGGCCAGACCGCAAGCUCCCUUGAUCCAUAACACCAACCACGUAACGCCAAAUCUGACCCAUACGCCUGACUGGGCCGACUCGAAGCAUGCAAUCCGAAACUUGAGUGGAGUACUCCCCAGGACAGGCAGCCCCUACACAACGCCAAUGGCCCAACGGAGGCCACCGUUAGAUCACUCGAGCUCGGAGAUAGCCUCGAGUGUUUUAGCCGCACCCCCUACAUCAGAUAGACGUGAGCAGGGCUCGCCUCUAGCUGUGUCAAAACACAGGCAGUACGGGGGAGAACUCACGGGGUUCCGAAACAUCUCUGGAGCCAGUACAAUAGAUGCGCCCGAAUCCGCCGAGAAGAGGGAUCGAGGUUUGCUCUCCACAUGA